GGCGGGGAGUUUGUAGAAAAAAACGUUUCCUCGUCUGUCAUGCGAAAGGAAAGGGAAGGACUGGAGCAGCCGACUGGAAACACGAACUGAAUAUUAAUAUCACCUCUACGAAGGAAAUACCCGUUUAGUCAGAAUUAUAAAUGAUUAUCGAGCCAACUAGCCCUCAGCUAGGGUUAGGGUUAGCAUCCAGCUUGUUUUCCUGGGUUUGCUAAGCUAAGCUAGCCGCUAUCCAAACACCGCCUAGUGGAGAUGAGCUCCGAUCUGCUGCCGGACUUGGACCUGGAUCUGGACCUAAACAAGAGGUUCUUCGCUGAUAACCUGCUGACCAGCGAGGACUGGGAUGCCUGCCUGUUCCAGUGUGAAAGUAUGGAGGAGGACGGAGACUUCAGGCGUGGGCUGAAAUAUGACGCAUCGUUCGACAAAGACCUCGUGCUCACCCUUGAUCCUGACAACCCCACGUCGCCAUGGCAACACCUUGACGACAACCUUCUCACAGGGGAAACUCCAGUGAUGAAGAACGAAAUGGCAAUAACGCAGCCUUUACCGGUGGAAAUGCUGUUCCAGGUGAAAGCAGAACCUCCCUCUCCAGCGUCCUCGCUGGGAUCCGACUGUUCUCCAUCAUCUCCAGAUCCGCAGAUCACGGUUAAAGGUGAAAACCCUCCGACUCCUCCGUACAUGUACGGUGACGUGCUGUCGCCUCCGCUGGGAUCCAUGGAGGUAACCGUGGCAACGACCGCAGCGCCCCCGCCGCAGAUUCCUGCAGCGAUGCAGCUCCAGACAGCGCUAACAGCGAUCCCAGCGGUCAUCGGUGGAAUACAGACACAGGCGGCAGUGCUGCCGGGCUCGGCCACAUUAAAAGCCAGCUCUAUCCUGAGCACCAAACCUCCCAUCCAGCCCAGACCGGUGUGUGUUGCCACCCUCCCCGUCACCCAGACCCCCACGCCGGCCAAGACCCUCAUCCUGCAGGGGCUCCCCUCCAUGGACCAGAGCCGGCCCGUCGUCCUUUCUCCGUCCGUCUGCCUCGGUUCAGCUCCGGCCAUCUCUGUUAAGAUGGAGCCCGUCUCUCCCAGCGUGCCUUGCUCCAGCCCCACGGCCCCGCCCACCAGCAAACCCAUCGUCCCAGCGACCACCACAUUGCCCGGCAGCAACUCCAGUGACAUCGAUAUGAAGGUCCUGAAGCGGCAACAGAGGAUGAUCAAGAACCGGGAGUCGGCCUGCCAGUCCAGGAAGAAGAAGAAGGAGUACCUGCAGAACCUGGAAGCUCAGCUGAGGGAGGCCCAGCAGGAGAACGAACGCCUCCGCAGGGAGAACCAGGCGCUGAGGGAGAGACUGGCUGGGAAGGAGGGCAGCGACUCGGCGAGCAACAAGCGAGCCGUGUGUGUGAUGGCCGUUCUGCUCUUCAUGACCUUCAGCUUUGGACCCGUCAGCAUCACAGACAGGAAGCUGUCCACGGUUCUGCAGGAUGACGUGGUGUCGUUCUCAGCACGACGGCUGCUGGAGAUCGAACAACAACAACAGGAACAGGAACGGGCAGCAGCUCCACCUCCCAGCAGGGUGGAGGACAAGACGGAGGCAGAGGAGGACGGAGGAGAAGAAAGAUAUGCUGCAGAGUCUUAUCAGUUCAGAAACCUGAGCGACAUGUUCAGUGACGUGAAGGAUCUGGUUCUGCAGGACAUUGACCGUUAUUUCACCUCUUCAGGCUGCCGGCAGUUCAACCGCUCAGAGUCUCUCAGGCUGGCUGACGAGCUCAGAGGUUGGGUUCAUCGACAUCAGAUCGACCGGAAGAAGUCUGGAGGAAAACCCAAGAUCGCCAAGAAGGCUAAGAUCGCACAGAAAGCUCAGCAGAGGAAGACAAAUAUCUCCAGAUAUCUGCCGAUCCAGGCUCACCGCUCCAUAGAAAGUCAGCUGCAGGUUCUUCCUGGUCCAGAGGUCACCUACAGCGACUUCCUGGAUGCCAUCGACCGCAGAGAGGACACCUUCUACGUCGUUUCUUUCAGACGAGACCACCUGCUGCUUCCUGCCAUCAGCCACAACAAAACCAGCCGGCCCAAAAUGUCUCUGGUGAUGCCGGCCAUGUCGGUGAACGAGAGCCUCUAUAACUCCUCUCAGGGCUAUGAGAUGAUGAUGCAGGUGGACUGUGAAGUCAUGGACACUCGGAUCGUCCCCAUCAAGUCAUCCGCCGUCCCUCUGUCCCUCCGAGACCCGCCCCCUCCUCCCCCGUCCUCCCACAGCCCCCACCAUCACCAUGGCAACCACACCUCCCUCCGAGGACGCCACCACUCCUCUUCUUCCUCUCCAAGGCAGCGUUUACCUGCCCGCCGACGGACAGGCGAAUAUUUAAUCAGCCAGUCAGAAGGAGUCUGAGGAGGAGGAGAUGAGCAGGGUUGGAGUUGACAACAGUGACAAGACGGGACUUCACAGUUUGUCCUCCAGCCAAUCACAUCUCAGUGCUGAGUUUUCUGCCCUGAAAGGAAUUUGUCAGUAAUUUGAUCAGUUAAAAGUAAAAGAGUCAAAUCCGAGUCAAAUCCUCUGAAGAAGAUUUAACCCUAAAAUAAAGACUGAGGUGAGACGGCAGCUCCUGCACUUUGUGCUGCAUUCCAAUAUUUAAUUAUGAAAAUGGGGCGAAUGAAGAGUGGAGGCUCUGAUGACGAUGAUGAGCUGAUGUCUGUCCUGGUCUCUGUAUAUUUUGUGUGUUUUAACCUCCAGUGAAGGUCAGAAAUGGUUCAGAACCACUUGUUUUUCUCAAAACUAUGAGAUCUUUUCUGUGUUUUCUGGACUAAUAGCUGUGAAGGUAAAUGAUGCGUUUGGUCUCAGCAGCAAUCAGACUGGUGAUUGAGGUACUGUUGAUGUUUGACAGCGUCUUUCUUAUCCUUACAUCAGCUGAUCUAUCAGAUGCUGCAGUCAGCAGCAGAAUCAUCAGAUGUUAGCUUCUGCACCAACAAUAACUAAACCUGGAACUAUUAGAUGAACAGUUCUAGUGAUUAAUGAGGUACUGUUGAGGUAAUGUUGAACCAGUUACAAAAACGAAUUCUACACGUGGAUUCAUAAAAUGAUGAGGAGACAUGGAUUUACGACUGCAUUAACAAAAAUACUGGCUCUGGUGUGUUUUAUGAGGAAAAACAUUUCACAGAAAGAAGUCUGUACACACUAACCCCGUGUUGGUUAGGGUUAUUUUAAAACUUUCAAAAGUAGCAACCAGAGGAAAACAAACAGUUAAAGUUUUUGUAGUUUGACUCCAUUCAAAAACUAAAACUGUCAUUUUUCAGGCAGAUUAUUAUUGAAAUACAACAAGAAGAAAAAAACCAAAAGACAUGGUUUCAGAUCAGAUGGACCUGCUGCUGGUUUUCUGUAAGACUGUGUUUUUAAUGUGACUUUGUUGGAUUUCAGCCUGCUUCAUCCACAUUUAUCCGUGUUUGUUUGUUUGAUGGGAUUUAUUAUUUAAUAACUGUAAAUAUUCAUGUGGAUAUUUUGUUUGUCACCUUUUUAAAGAAAAACAUUUUUUAUUCCUUUGUUUUUUUCACGAGAAUUUUAAAAAGUGUAGAAAAAGAAUAAAGUGAUGACAACGUGAUAAACAUGACAAUGAUGUCAUGUUUUAUAUUUCAGUGGAAUCCUGGUCGCUGACCAAAUGCAUUUUUAUUGAUGUCCAGUAUGUGAUUAACAGGCAUGUUAUUUGGUCGCGGAUCCGCGAAAAUUCUCGUGUCGAGGUAUCAAUUUUGAGACCCAAUGUGAAUCGCCCAAAUUCGAUGAGAAAAAAAAUAUAGGGUGUAAGGGGUAUAGGGUUGGAUCGCAUGUAGUUGUCAGCAGUGCGCUGGCAAAAGCACGAUUUGGAAACAACGAUUGGAGAGCAUUAUCGAAAGUUAGAUAUAGCUGGGAAAGCGAGGUGCAUGGUGUGCGACGAUGAGACAAAAUACGGCGACAGAGGAUGCCAAGCACUGAUAGACCACAUGAAAAUGAAAAAUCAUGCCAGGAAAUUGUACGAAAAGUGCUCUAACCCUAACCGCCAUCUUGGUCCGGUCACCCGCUCCACUCAGCGCUGUUUGACAGCGCAUUUAAUCCAUCUUAACUCUGAAUAUUAAACUGAUUUUCACG